UUUGUAAUCAUCCAUAAAAGAUCCAAUCAAAAUUCAUUCAUCCAUCCAUCAUCGUUAGUUACAUACACAUCAUCUCCUUCCUCUCGCUCCCUUCUGAUAGCGAAACCCUAAAAUACUAUCAGCUGCUACUUUCCGAAACCAAAUUCCGACGAAUUAACUUUUUUUUUGUUUUUUGGAUAAAAUCAUCGGAGUCUCUUCUCUGGUUCGGCUGUGAUGGGUGCGAGCCGGAAAUUACAAGGCGAGAUAGAUCGGGUGCUGAAGAAGGUUCAAGAAGGUGUUGAUGUUUUCGACAGCAUCUGGAACAAGUGGAAUGUAUAUGAUACAGACAAUGUUAACCAAAAGGAAAAGUUUGAGGCGGACUUGAAGAAGGAAAUCAAGAAGCUGCAGCGGUAUAGAGACCAGAUCAAGACUUGGAUUCAGUCCAGUGAGAUCAAAGAUAAGAAAGUCAGUGCAUCAUAUGAGCAAUCCCUGGUUGACGCUCGGAAGCUUAUUGAGAAAGAGAUGGAGAGGUUUAAGAUCUGUGAGAAAGAGACCAAGACAAAAGCUUUUUCCAAGGAAGGACUGGGUCAGCAACCUAAAACUGACCCAAAAGAGAAAGCAAAGUCAGAGACAAGGGAUUGGUUAAACAAUGUGGUGAGUGAACUGGAGUCACAGAUUGGUAGCUUUGAAGCUGAAUUGGAAGGACUGUCUGUCCAAAAAGGAAAGUCAAGACCGCCCAGAUUGACUCAUCUUGAGACAUCUAUCACAAGGCACAAGGAACAACAAAACCUAGGUGCAGCUGGUAUUGAAGCAACAAAAGCUCAACUCUCAGAAUUAGUAUCUAAAGUAUCAGCAGAAUAUCCAGACUCUAGUUUCCUAGAACCGAAAGAACUGCAGAAUCUACGCCAUCAACAGAUGCAAACAACCUAUCCACCUAACUCCUCCCUGGACAGUUGCUUAACCUCAAGUGAAGGAAACCAGAAAGCCCGAAAGAUGCUUGACAACAGACUGGGAUUAAGAACAUAUAUCGGAGAUUCAACUUCAGAGCAGAAAGAGAUAAUGGAAGAACCAUUCUUCCAUCGAAUGGAGCUCACAUGGGCAGAAGAAGAAAGCCUCAGAGAGAAUAACAAUAGGCCAUAUCUGUCGACAAUGGUUAACAACACAGAACCGAGAAUCUCGUCAUCAAGAAGAAGCCCUGGAAGAUUGUCAAUAGGAGUGGGAUUACAUGAACACAGAGGAGGGAGUAGCAACAACAGUGAGUAUACAGAGGAAAGAUUCAACGAGAAUGGUGAAGAUUGCAAGCUUGAAACACACACAAGAACAGCUCUAGAUCUUAACACACGCGACGAAAACUAUGGCACAACACGUCCUAAACAGUUUGAUUUGAAUGGAUUCAGCUGGAAUUGAGAAGAACAUAGAAGCUUAAAGACUGCAACAACCUUUUUAUGAUAAUCACACAGGAAAUGAAAAGCCUUUGAUUUCCUUUGUUAGAUUGAGAGAUUCGUCUAAAAUUGAAUUAUAUUAGUUGAACCAAAAGAGACAAUCUUGUGCAAAAAUGUGUAACACCAUUAAUUUGCGUAGUUAUGAUCUCAUAUAUAUAUAUAUACAGAUAAAUUUACUAA